AUGAAUAUUUGGGGCCGAGUCCCGCUACUUACCUACCUAGGUAUGUAUGUAUGGCACCUCUCUGGGCCGCUAUACAAACCACCACUCGUGGAGGAUUGUCCUUUUAGACCGACAUUGCCCAAAGACAACCCGGUUUUUGCAAUAGCGCAGAGCUGCCGCAGAACAGCUUGCGCCAUGUCGCGACUAAUAUCUUCGGCUCUAUCGUUGCGACGUGAUCCACGCAUCCUCAAGCUGCCACCCUACAUCUCGUUAGCUUGCAUUCUCGGCGGCAUUGCAUGGCUGUUUCUGCUUCCUCUCAACGACUACUCCCGACGAACAUAUAUAUCUGAGAAUGCGCUGCUCCCUGGACAAGUGCACACAUACUUUGGGGGUAGCGACCAGAAUGUCUUGCGGGCGUACAGGCAAGAGGUCAGCUCUGUCAGGGACAAGCCCAAUUACGAGAUUAACGACAAACUCGAGGGCAUUCUCAAAAACGUGGGACUGAAGGUUGGACGUCAGAAUUACACAUACGAAUCAGCCGGCGACAUCUAUACGGGCGAGAACAUUUACGCCAUUCUCCAGGCUCCGCGUGGCGACGCCACAGAAGCAAUCGUGCUGGUAGCUGCCUGGAAGACGGUUGACGACAGGUUCAAUGUCAACGGUGUGCCGUUGGCUCUGACCCUCGCGAGAUACUUCAAGCGGUGGUCCCUCUGGUCCAAGGACAUCAUCCUCCUUUUCCCCCCGGACAGCAGGACAGGGACCCAGGCUUGGGUUGACGCCUACCACGACUCACACGACUCGUCCCGCGUGAGCUCUCUGCCCCUCAAGUCCGGCGCGCUGCAGGGCGCUAUCGCCAUCGACUUCUCACAGGAAUACCGCUUCGAGUCUAUCCACAUCAUCUACGACGGCAUCAACGGCCAACUGCCGAAUCUCGAUCUCAUCAAUUCCGUCGUGAAUAUCGCAGGCGGACAGAUGGGUAUGGGCACUGCGAUCCAGGAGAUGUGGUCGCACUCGGACAAGUACCAGGACCGACUCCGGACCAUGCUUCGUGGCAUGCUUAACCAAGGUCUCGGCCACGCCUCGGGCCCGCAUAGCAGUUUUAUCCCGUACCAUGUUGACGCUGUCACUCUGCAGCCUUUUGGUGAAGGCUGGCACGACGAGAUGGGUAUGGGCCGCUUGGUCGAGGGUACGUUUCGCAGCCUGAACAACCUCCUUGAACAUCUCCACCAGAGCUUCUUUUUUUACCUUCUCAUGCAUAAAGAGAGAUUCGUCAGCAUUGGCACGUACCUGCCCAGUGCCAUGAUUCUCGCCGCGAGCUUCACCAUUACUGCCAUCUCUUUGUGGGUGAAGAGUGGCCAGCAGGAAGAGGGUUCAGGUGUGACGAGCACAACAACUACAUCCAAGAGCGUGAUUAUGCCUUCACAAGGAUCUGCCGAAGGUGCUAUAACUGUGUCAGACUCACCAACACCAUCUGCACCAGCUGUCGAACGUGACUUGUUCCUUCCUUUGGGCCUAGUGGCCAUCUGUCAGUUCCUGGGCGUUGUGCCGCUAUACAUCUUCAACCACAUGCCCGCAAGCAUGCUUUCGGGGGCCUACACGGCCUUCGCGCUCGUCAACUGCGCCCUCCCUUUCCUUGUCUCCUCGCUGCUUACCUCAACCUACAACCCAACCGUCCAGCAGUACCAGCUUAUCAAGUCCUUUUCCUUGCUGCUGCUCGGCAUGUUUCUCUCCGCCCUAGCAACCCUCAAUUUUUCCUUGGCCUUCCUCGUUGGCGUCAUGGCUAGUCCGCUGUCCUUCAUGCGACCCUGGCCGAGCCACCCACCCGUUCGCUGGGUCUGCGCUGCCUCCCUUCAACUCGCCUCCCCGACGGCGGCACUUUAUUCCGUCUCAUCAUAUUUCAACAUUAGCAUCGGCGAGGUUCUCAAGGAGGCUGCGUUCGGGUGGGACGUUUGGGGCAUGUACACUCCCGUCAUCAUCUGGGGUGUAUGGUGGCCCGCCUGGCUCAUGGGGUCCGUCAUUGUUCUUGGACAGCCAGCGCCCAAGGUGAAAAAGUCUGUAUAG